UAAUAAAAAUUAUGCAUUCAACAUGAUGGGAUUCAAAAGUUUAAUUAUCUUCUCAGUACUUCUGAUUUCUUGUUUUGGAGCAGUCUCCAAACAGAGAUCUGAUGUACACAACAUUCAACUUUGUGUGGAAUCACCCACCAAACUGGCAUAUCAAAUAGUUGUAACAGAACAAGGAAAAUUGAUGUCAACUCUUUCAAAAACCAUUGCCUGGCCUAACGGAGGAAACGUAAACUCGGAUGAAAUUAAGUGUAUUUACGUCGAAGACUUGAUCGCCAACGGAAACGGCGGUUAUCCAACAGUCACGUCAGGAGGUGUGGGCCAGAAAUCCGUCACCAUCCUGCUGCAGUCGCAAUGGAUGAAAGGAAUGAGCUUCAGAAUUUCCAUUUACACAUAAGAAAUUUGUAAAGUUACACCAAUAAAACAGUUAUUCACACAUAAA